AUGGAAUUGGAGCAUGACCACGACCCAUCAAUCGGCUUCCGCAUCAAGGCCAAGGCCAGACUACGAGAUGCCCCUCAAGAUACUUGUGUCAUCUGUCUGGACCCCGUCACCGAACGCGCCGUCGCCGUACCUUGCAACCACCUGAACUUCGACUUUCUCUGCCUGUGCAGCUGGACCCAAGAACAAUCUUGCUGCCCACUAUGCAAAACUCCCUUGACUGCCAUCGAGUACGACUGGCGUUCGCCGACUGAUCGUAAACUCUACACGAUUCCCAAGCAAGAGGAACCGCCCAAGGCACAUGCUGGCGUAACGACCACAUCACGCCUCCGCCCACCGCGUCGACGAGCAGCUCCAUCGCACCGUCCCUUGCACACAAACCCCGAUGCUGCUCUAGCAUUCCGCCGCCGCAUCUACUCGGAUCAAAACUACAGUCUCCACGUCGGCGCAAACCGCACCUCUCAAUACGCCAACUUCACUCCCACCACCUUCACCACCUCUGCGCCUCUUCAAUCCCGCGCUCGCCUCUUUAUGCGCCGCGAACUGCAAGUCUUUGAUUUUCUGGCUGAGAACAAUGCCAGACUGGGUUUCCUGAUCGAGUACAUUGUGGCUAUCCUCAAGACGACUGAAACCAAAGAUGCCAGCGGUUCGGCGAAGACGCUGGUCGCCGAGUUUCUUGGAGAUGGGCCUGCGGGCUUGUUUUUGCAUGAAUUGGAGGCUUGGUUGAGGAGUCCGUAUGAGAGGCUGGAGGAUUGGGACCGCCAUGUGCAGUAUGCAUACAAGCGGCCUAGGUAUUUGGAUGCAUGA